AUGCAUCUCUUGCGUUCUAUCCCCCUUCUUGCUUCCUUGGCGGCUUACGCUGCUGCUUCGGUAGCUGUAAAACGUCAGGCUUCCUCGACCUCUUCUGCUGCUGGAUCUUCCACGACUUUGACACCAGAUGAUGCUGAUACAGAAUGUACCAACACUGCCGGUAGCCGUGCAUGCUGGGGAAACGGCUUCAGCAUUGCAACCGAUUUUGAUCAAAAGUUCCCUGACACCCAAAAGACAGUUCCAUACACAUUGACCAUUACAAACACUACUCUUGACCCCGAUGGCACAGGCGAUCGAAGGGUCAUGCUGAUCAAUAAUCAGUACCCAGGACCAGUCAUCAGGGCUAAUUGGGGAGAUUGGCUCGAAAUCACAGUCAACAACCACUUGGCUGACAACGGCACCGGUAUUCAUUGGCAUGGUAUUCGGCAGUAUGAAACUUGCGACCAAGACGGUGUCCCUGGAAUAACCGAGUGUCCCAUUGCUCCAGGAAAAUCUCGCACGUACAGGUUCCACUGUACGCAGUAUGGUACCAGUUGGUAUCAUAGCCAUUGGAGUAUGUUGGUCUCUGUCCGGCUCUAUAUCACAACUGACAAGUAUAACAGGUNNGUUCAAUAUGGUGUAGGGACUCUUGGUACGCUCGUCAUCGAUGGUCCUGCUACAGAUAACUACGAUGAAGAUCUUGGCCCCUUCGCGUUGACGGACUGGUAUGACGAAACUGCCUUUUUCAACAACCCUUUGGCACGCAGUAUACCUCCACAGGCCUACACCGGUCUCGUGAAUGGCAUGAAUGUUAGCCCUGACGGAACCAAGGGAAAGUAUUUCAACGCUACUGUCCAAUCUGGCAAGAGAUAUCGCCUACGACUUAUCAACACAUCUGUGGACAGCGCCUUCAUGGUUUCGGUCGACGGCCACCCUUUCACUGUCAUCAGCAAUGACUUUGUCCCAGUCAUGCCUUAUGCUGCAGACCGAGUCUUUGUAGGAAUUGGACAAAGACUCGAUGUUAUCAUUGAGGCCAAUCAGACAGCAGACAACUACUGGUUCCGGGCAGAUGUUCCUGCUGUCGGUGGUGCAUUCCCUGCAUGCGGCAACAAUGCAAAUCCUAGUGGCAUUAGGGCAAUCAUUCAUUACAGCAACACCACAUUCGCCAAUCCUACCAGCACCGCUUGGGACAGAACUGGGGACAACACAGAUCGAUGCAAUGAUGAAUCUUAUAAUUCGAGCAAACUUGCGCCUUACUGGGACAGCUUCGUUCCCGACAAUGCCUUGACAGCAAAUCCUGAGUUCUUAAGCGUGCAGGCUCAGGAGGCUGGUAUCAGAUCAGAUAACGCGACAAUCUUUAGGUGGGCCAUCGACACCACUGCUCUCAAUGUAACCUGGGAGAAGCCGACCCUUGAAUACGUUCAGGAGAAAAACACAAGCUACGCGCCUUCCAUGAAUCUAAUAAAUAUGCCCGACGCCGAGUGGACAUAUUGGGUUCUCCAGGAGAUUUCCACUCCUGCGGGUGCAGGACUCUUUGUUCCUCAUCCCAUCCACUUGCAUGGACAUGACUUCUACGUGUUGGGCGCCAAAGAGAACAGCAACUACACCAACGAUCAAGCGAGCGAGCUGAAUUUCAAGAACNCCCCUCGUCGUGAUACUGCAAUGCUUCCAACCCAAGGCUGGCUGGUUAUUGCCUUUGAGACGAACAACCCCGGUGCUUGGAUCAUGCAUUGUCACAUCGCGUGGCAUGUAGCCGACGGUCUGGCCACCCAGUUCCUCGAGACACCCGAUCAGAUCAAACUCGACCCUGCCUUCAACGACAUCUGCUCGGAAUGGCGCGACUUCUAUCCUGAAGAAUCCUACUGGAAAAAGGAUGACUCUGGUGUCUAG